UAUAUACACAUACAUAUAAACAUACAGUUGGAAAAAUCCAUUAUUACAAAUCCAGAGAGAAAAAAGGAUUUUGAUUACAUAGCUACUACAAUAUCGGUCGGCGGCGGCGGAGGAUUACCGGAAAAAAUGGCCGGAAAAGAGCGGACGCUGGAGGCGACGCCGACGUGGGCCGUCGCCGUCGUCUGCUUCGUCUUGGUCGCGAUUUCGAUUCUCAUCGAACAGCUCAUUCAUCGCAUGGGAUCGUGGCUAAAAAAGAAGAAAAAGCCAUCGCUGUACGACGCUCUGGAGAAGAUUAAAGCAGAGUUGAUGCUGUUGGGGUUUAUUUCAUUGCUGCUAACAUUGGUGCAAAGUCCAUUGUCCGAUAUAUGUGUUCCCAAAAGCGUCGGACAUUCUUGGCAUCCUUGCCCCGAAAGAAAAGAAGACGAAUUCGACGACCCUUGUCUCAAAAAGGGGAAGGUACAAGUGGUAUCAGCGUACGGGAUUCACCAGCUGCAUAUUUUCAUCUUUGUGUUGGCUGUGGCUCAUGUGCUCUAUUGUGUUGUCACCUAUGGCUUGGGAAAACUCAAGAUGAGGAAAUGGAGAUCAUGGGAGGAUGAAACCAAGACUAUUGAAUAUCAAUAUUACAAUGAUCCAGAGCGAUUUAGAUUUGCGAGGGACACGUCAUUUGGGCGCCGACAUUUGCACUUUUGGAGCAAGUCGCCUGUGCUUCUCUGGAUUGUAUGUUUCUUCAGGCAAUUUUUACGAUCGGUUGCCAAAGUGGAUUACUUAACACUUAGACAUGGAUUCAUAACAGCACAUUUGGCACCACAUAGCCAAGAAUCCUUCAAUUUUCACAAAUACAUCAACAAAUCUCUUGAAGAAGACUUCAAAGUCGUCGCCGGGAUAAGCCCGAUAAUAUGGCUUUGCGCGGUUCUCCUCCUCCUCACCAACACCAAUGGGUGGUAUUCACUUUAUUGGCUGCCAUUUAUUCCUCUAAUUAUAAUUUUACUCGUGGGAGCAAAACUACAAGUGAUCAUAACAAAAAUGGGGAUCCGAAUCCUCGAGAGAGGAGACGUGAUCAAAGGCACCCCGGUGGUCCAGCCGGGCGACGACUUGUUUUGGUUCAACCGGCCCGGCUUGAUCCUCUUCUUGAUCCACUUCGUUCUCUUUCAGAAUGCAUUCCAACUUGCUUUCUUCGCGUGGAGUUGGUAUGAAUUUGACUAUCCCUCUUGCUACCAUGAAAAUAUCGAGGAUAUUAUCAUUCGCAUUGCGAUGGGGAUUUUGAUUCAAUUCCUUUGUAGCUACGUGACUCUCCCUCUCUAUGCCUUAGUCACUCAGAUGGGAUCGAACAUGAAGCCGGUAAUCUUUAGCGACCAAGUGGCGUCGGCUCUUCGGGGAUGGCAUCAAAUGGCGAAGAAGCACAUGAAGCAAGGGCGGCACUCGGCGAGCACGACGCCGUUCUCCAGCCGCCCUCCGUCGCCGCUACACGGGAGCAUGUCCCCCGUCUAUCUCUUGCGCGGCCACAAAAUCCACAACGACAACACCAGCGUCGACGGCAUCGGAUACAACCCGCACGCCGUGUCCCCGCGAGCGUCGAGCUUCAGCAACGACGGCGACAGGACAUCAGUCUCCCCGCGCCACCGCGAAACACCGCCGGAUAACUACGAAACCAACAGUAGCUUGUACCCGAGCGAAAUGGACAAGGAUUUCGAAGAUCGACCCGAGUCGAGCAACAGAGGGCAGCACGAAGUUCGUAUAAGUUUAGACGAUUUCUCUUUCAGGAAAAAAGGGAGCGUUGGCGAAGCGCGCGCCGGCGCUGCUGGCCGCUCGAUGUGAAUAAUAUCGACAAUUUAACAAA